CAGAGAGAGAUAAUGACAAGGAGGCAGAGGGAGGCUUUGAGACAGUGCUAGAACAGACAGUGAGCAGAGAGAAUGGGGCUUUGGAGGAUAUAGAAGAGAUAGAAGAUAGGCUGGGAGAGACAGACAGAGAAAAAGUCAGUCAGACAGCAGAGGGAAUCAUCUUUUUUGAGGCAGUGGGAAUGACACUUUAAGUGAAAGAAAGAGUCGACCAGACGGAGUACAUCAGAGUGCUCUCCUUCCAUCUCUAACUAUUCCUCUUCUGUCCUGGUCCUGACUGCUGCUGCUGCUGCUGCUGCUGCUGUUGUUGCUGCUGCUGCUGCUGCUGCUGUGUUUGUGUGUGUUUGAACCAGAAGACUGGCUUACACAGAUGCCUCUCUCAGUGGCAGAGUCUGCAGUGAAUAUCUGAAACUCCAUCUUCCUCUCCCUUGCGGCCAACAUGUCCCAGCUGCUCCAUGUGGAGAUCCCGAACUUUGGAGCCACGGUUCUGGGCUCCCUUAAUGAGCAGCGCCUGCUGGGACACUACUGUGAUGUAUCCAUUCUGGUCAAAGGUCAGGCUUUCAAAGCCCACCGAGCCGUUUUGGCUGCCAGCAGCCUCUACUUUCGUGACCUCUUCAGCAGCUCUACCAAGACCCAGUUUGAGUUGCCUUCCUCAGUCACACCUGCUUGCUUUGAGCAGAUCCUCACUUUCUGCUAUACAGGGAAGCUAACAAUGGCAGCUAGUGAACAGCUAGUGGUCAUGUACACAGCUGGCUACCUCCAAAUUCAGCAUAUAGUUGAAAGAGGCAUGGACCUAAUGUUCAAGGCAAACUCACCUCACUGUGACUCACAAACAGCAGGGUCCUUAGAAGAAACAGGAUCUGAGCCACAGAGUCCUUGUAAUAAUGGAAACGGUCUUGCAGUUGCCGCCCUUUUGGGGACCCCGGGCUGGUCUCCAUCCCUGCUCAUGCCGCAACGGAAGAUUAAACUCGAGGGGGGUGAUCCGACGCCCCUGACAGUACCCUCAACGCAAAGCAAGAUUUCGUCUUCGGAGCUGGGGAGUCGGCUGGCGAGGGCCAGUUCGCUGUUCUACACAACGGCUGGAGGGACCCCCAUCCCCGGGAUGCCUCCUUUCCACCUUCAAGGGGUCAGUGGAGGUGGAGCAGCAGGAGGAGGAGCAGGCGGUGAAAGGUCCAGUCCUGGAGCGUCUAGUCUGCCCACCACCGACAGUCCCACGUCCUACCAGAACGAGGAUGAGGAGUUUGAGGAAGAGCCCUACGACGGGAUCACUGAGGAGGCCUACAGUCAUCUCUAUGGACGUUCAGCCAACCCCUAUGGAAUUCAGGACAAGCCAGAGAUGGCAGCGGUGCCCUUGGCCUUGGAGAACCGCAACUGCGUGCUGAUCCGCAGGGACCUGGUGGCGCUGCCUGCAAGCCUCAUAAGCCAGAUAGGCUACCGCUGCCACCCUAAGCUCUACACUGAGGGGGACCCUGGGGAGAAGCUGGAAUUGGUAGCUGGUACACAGGUGUUCAUGACCCGAGGCCAGCUGAUGAACUGUCAUCUGUGUGCCGGCAUCAAACACAAAGUCUUGCUCCGCCGCCUGUUAGCCACGUUCUUUGAUAGAAACACUUUAGCCAAUAGCUGUGGGACAGGCAUCCGUUCGUCUACUAGUGACCCCAGUAGGAAACCCCUGGACAGCAGGGUCCUCAACGCUGUCAAACUCUACUGUCAAAAUUUCAACCCUAACUUCAAGGAGAGUGAAAUGAAUGUGAUUGCUGCUGACAUGUGCACAAAUGCGAGGCGUGUCCGCAAGCGAUGGUUGCCCAAGAUCAAGUCCAUGCUGCCCGACGGCAUGGAGGUGUACCGUGCAGGGAUGGGCAUGGGUGCUGCUGUAGGUCUGGGCCUCGCUCUGGGUGCCCCUCAGUCGGGGGUUUCCCUCCCCUUUGAGCCUGACUUCAAGACCUUAGAGCAAAGGUUGUACCCAGAUCGCAAGGACCCUCUCAGGACUCACCCACCGCUGACGGAAGGCAGCCCUGGAUCCGCUGGGGCAGCUGGAGCAGAGGCUGAAGGUGAAGGUGAAGGAGUAGUCCAAGAGGAACAGGAGGAAGAUGAAGAUGAAGGUGGGUUGGAGGGCGUGGACGGAUCACUGGGGGCGCCGACUUUGAUCCCGGGAGCCGAGGCGGGCAGCUGUGGCGACACGCCGCCUGAGCCGGAAGGGGAAAGUUUUGGACAAGGUCUGAGGGUGAACGGACAGUGAAUGUCCCUCUGGGCUGCCUCUCAUAUUGUGAAAUCUGUUUAACACCACGUUUUCUUUUGCUUGCUCUCUUACUCUAACAUCUCGUCCACCACUCUUUACUUCUCCUCUGUGCUUCCUCAACGAGAAUCUUUCAGCACAAACAGCUGCACUCAUAGAUCUUACUAUACAGGAAUCUGUCACACAUGCAUGCGCACACGUGUGCUUGUGUAUUCGCGUACUGACUGAUAGUGGAAAUAGAACACUGAUAGUAGAAGUAGACACAGGCAUGGCAUUUGCACAUUCAGAAAAUCGACCCUUUCUGCUCCACCCCCUUUCUCAGUAUAGCCAGUAUAUACUCUGUAUUUCAGCACCCACAGCAAUAUUACAAAGGCCUGAUAGGAGAACAAAUGGCUGUAAUGAUUCAUCAUUUCAGCGCAAUACAAAAGCAACAGCUGCUUUGUUGGCAGUUUAUGGAGUGUGGUAUAAUGGUUUGUAAAAUGAUUCCGUUUUCUUGGAAAGCAGCAUCUGAAAAUAACCCGUGUAACCUUGGAAAAGGAAAGAUCAGAGAGACGCAGCUCCCCGAAAAGAGCCGUGUUCGCAACGUCCGACCACUUUGCAGUACGUUACUGUAUAGUAAUUAUGUAUAACUAUAUUACAAAGAUUGUAUUACACUUAAAGGUCGCGUACUGUAUUGGCAUCGUUAAGCAAAACAGUUUUCCUCCUUGCCAAAUCAGCACAUCAGGUGUGUGAUAGAAAAAUUCCGAUAUGGUUUUCCGCAAAUGUUAAAUGCUUCUCCACAGUCUGGAAAACAAAUCUAUCACAUGGAGUUGUUUUUCAUGCAUAUUCGCCCGUGACAUAUUGGAUUAGAUUGUCAAUGUGAUGCCUGUGUCUGCUCCAGACCGCCCCUCCCAUCCACACACACACACACACACACACACACACACACGUGCACACAUGUUCGACUCCUUUAAUAUCCACAUCAAUGUAUUUAAAAUACACUGUCCACAAAAAAAAGAAGAAAGAAAUGUUACAAUGCUGUUUAAAAAAAAGAAAGAAAAACCUUUUAAAUUACAUCGUUCUGUCUUGGAGAUGCAGAGAGAGACGUGAACAAGAACGUGCACUAAAAUCCAAGCUUGCAUGCAUUAAUACAAACAAUGGAUAGAAAGAAUUAUUGUAAACAACAACAAAGCCACAAACCUGCAUCUAAAUAAGAUAUCAGCUACUGUUGCCUCGAGAUAUGCCAUUAAUACGCAAAAGGACUUUCUCCAGCAAGAUCUGACCUCAGUGGGAUCUGACCUCAGUCUGACACAUGUUAGAACUGACCUGGGUGUGACCUGGGAUUGACUGUGUUUAACACAGUAUCAAUUGGAAUUUAAUUUGUUUUGUUUUUGUUUUUUUGUUUUUUUUUAACUACGGAGUGUGCUGUCACCACAAGUAGAGGAGACUGAAUAUACGGAGUAGUAAGAAGAAGUGCACUACACUGAGUGGUAGAAGAAUAAAAAGCAAAAGAGAGAAGCACUGUUCCGCCUCGAUGUGGUGAAGUGAUAUGCAC